AUGUACAACUUUGACACUCUCGCCUGGACAGCGUUGCCGCCUUCUCCUCAGCCUCCUCUCGCGGCCACGUUCGUGGAUAAUGUUCUUUAUACCAUCGGGGCUGACUCUAACAUGAGCGGUGCUAUCCACUACAUGGACCUCAAGUCAAACGCCGAGGACCGCGAGAAGCCCGACGCUCUUCAAUGGAAGACCAUCAACUUCCCUACCAACCCACUCACUCCGGGUCCCCGCCCACGCGAAGGCGGCGCACUCGUGCCAGUAGACACUGGUCUUGGCAGACACUACCUCGUCUAUAUGUUUGGCACGAACAGCACUUCAGCCGAAAAGGACUUCUACACUGAUAUUUGGGCCCUUCAGCUCCCCACUCACGGCUUCAGUGCGGCCGCUGUGAAGGAUGCGAUCCGUGACAAGCUGCCUCGUGUUGAUUCUGGCGAGUUCAGCUGGGCAGAGGUAGAGCUCAUUCCGACAGAGGAAGUCAAGACGGAGGGAAAGGCGCAUCCCGGACCACGUGGAUACUUUGGCGCAGACGCAGCGGAUGGAAAGAGUCUCGUCUUCUGGGGCGGCGUCAGUGCGCUGGGCAAGGAGGGCGAUGGAUGGCUGCUUCAGGUCCAGGCGACGCUUGACCACGCAUCUUCCAUCUACAUCAACUCCAUGCAUCUGUCUCAGAUCAACACAAUACAAGCAUUGCAGUACGACGAACCCACUACAAAAGACUCGCCCUUCUCCAUCACUAUGGGUGCCAUCUUCAGCCGCCAGCCGCGCAACCGCCAGCCGCGCAAGAUCACGACAGAAAACGCCACCAAAGAUGUUCAUUCCGAUAUCGUGUUCACCUAUCUAUCAGAUUCAGGACAGACGGAUCUUUCGAAAGUAGAAUGGGAGGCUAUACUGUAUAUCAAAACCAAGGAUCUCAAGCAAGUCCUGCAAAAAGGCCUCAUCAUCUCGGAAGACAACGUUCAACCCCAAUCCGGUUGUAUCACGUUCAAAAAGUGUCCCGGUAAUCUUCGAAUCAAUGACUGGGUCCAUACCCGUCGGUAUAUUUUGUCUGGCAAAUCGUGUGGCGGAUGGACGGCGCAUCUCGCGGUUGGGGCGCGCGAAAUCGGUCCGCUUGCGAAAUUUCGAAUGACCGAUCUCAUUGGCCAUGCGGAUAUGGGUGAAGCUAUCAAUGAGGAGUUACAAUUGGUGUAUUGCUAUGAUGCUCAACUUGGGGUGUCUGUCUUUACAUGGAGUACGGAUGAGGGCUCUGAGCCAUGGUGGCCUAUGCUGGUUACUAUUCUCCCGCGGAAGACAGAGGUUUUGGCGUCAGGGGAUGACGUGAAGGACAAUGCUGCUGGUGUCGGGGAGCCGGUAACUGCAUCUGGCGGAAAGACCAAGAAGGGCUAG